AUGUGUCCUAUUUGGCCGAUGCACCUGAUCAUCAUAUACCUGCUGGCGUUAUGCCCCCUAUGGGUUGUCUGCCAGACGCUGCCAAAUUUGGUGGCAUUAUUUGAGCCUUCAGAGCUUACUAUUCAUAUGGAUGAAUAUGAAUUCGUCAACCUUACUAUUCAAGGAACGAGCAAUAUGGAACCUGGUGACAAAUUCUCAAUGAUAACCCUAAAUCCAGAACUAGCAGAUGCAGAGUUUAAUACCACAUAUGAAGUAACACCACAAGACAUCAUAAACGAUGAAUUUAAAGGGAAAAUUCGAGUCGACGCAAAGUUCAUAGGUAGGGUAAACUUACAAGUGGUGAGCACUGAUAAUUCAGGUGAACUCCAUAAUAUUACAAACAGUACUUUGCCAGUCGUUGUGAUCAGACCACAGAGAGUAAUUGAUACUAUAUUCACAUCAUCUGUCGCUGUUUUUGUGUCAUUGAUCUUCAUAAACUUUGGUUGUGCGAUGCACUGGCCGACUGUACGGGAUGUAAUUAAGCGCCCCGUGGGGCCAGCCAUCGGUAUGCUCGGACAGUUUCUCUUCAUGCCACUCAUGUCAUUCGGGCUCGGUUUCCUGAUCUUCCCGAACACACCGGCGCUGCGACUCGGCAUGUUCGUGACGAGCGUGGGUCCCGGCGGUGGCGCCUCCAACAUCUGGACCUUCAUCCUGGGGGGGAACCUCAACCUCUCACUCGCUAUGACCACUAUAUCAACCAUUGCUUCUUUUGCAAUGAUGCCUGCUUGGUUAUUCUCCCUGGGACAAGUUGUCUUCCGUGAUGCAAAAAUAUUGGUUCCUUAUGACCGCAUUGCGACCUUCACGGCGGGCCUGUUAAUCCCUCUGGCCAUUGGUCUUGCUAUGCAAAAGUUUACUCCCAAGAUAGCUGCGUUCAUGGUCAGGAUUCUGAAGGGAUUCUCCACCACAUUGCUGCUAUUUAUUAUCAUUUUUGCCAUAGCAACCAAUAUUUAUAUUUUCCGACUGUUCAGUUGGCAGAUUGUACUAGCUGGCAUGGGUGUGCCAUGGUUGGGUUACAGCGCGGGGUAUUUGAUAGCGCGGCUUUUCAAGCAGCCGCACCCCGACGCCCUGGCUAUAUCUAUAGAGACGGGCAUCCAGAACACUGGUAUCGCUAUCUUUUUGCUCAGAUACGCGCUUGGACAACCAGAAGCUGAUAUUACGACUGUGAUACCUGUGUCCGUGGCCAUCAUGACACCGUUCCCAAUGAUGGCAAUCUACAUCUACCAAAAGAUCAAAGCUUGUUGCAUCAACCGAGGAAAGCACAAAAAAAUGGACGAAGAGCUCACUCCCGGAGGAGAAGCACCAGAGUCCACAAUCAUCGCGCCCAUUGAUUUGCGCGGUAAAGGAUUCGAAGGUAUAGAGAACAAGAAUGCAAUGACCCCCGACGAAAAUAUUACCGAGAAAACCGGGGGCAGUGACGUGGAUGGGAGGACAGCUGACUCAAGUGAUCUUGAACGCAGUGCUCCCACCAAAGCAAUUUCUUAA